UUGAAACGUUGCGACGAUGGGCUGCUUCUGGAAAAGUGGCAACGUUAAAACGCCUGGAGGAAAAUGACUUUAUUCAAUUACAGACAUACACAAAGCCUUUGGAAAUGACCGAAGGCUGCCAGAAUCUACGCAAAAGGCCAAGGUCUGUUAUGCAAGAGUCAGUUCAGAGCACCAGCAAGGACUCAAUUGGAAACGCAGGGGGUUUCUUACCCUUUUGGAACGAAUAUACUCUGGAGGAGUCGAAGAAGUGGUGGUUACCUGAAAAGACCGUUUGUGUCGCUUUGGAUCCGAACUUGUGGAAACUUGCGGAAGACUUACUUUCAAUCGUCACAGUGUUUGUGGCGCGACAUAAUGGAUUACGCUCUGCUGCCAAUCGCAAAAGAAGAAAAGAUACCACCCAAGCGAUUCAAAAGUUCCAAGAAGGAAGUAAUGAAACUUCCAGCAGGCAAGAAACACCUUAUGAUAUACGAGAUGAAGCAAUGAAUGAUUUACUUAAAGGAUAUGCGUCCAAUUUUGCUGCGAAUCGUAAAAACUUUAAAAUGAAGUUCCGUUCUAAAAAAGAUCCACAACAAUCAAUUGCAAUACUUUCUAAACAUUGGGGUAAAUCUCGUGGUGAAUUCUCAUUUCUUCAUAAAAUGAACUCAGCAGAAUCUCUUCCAAAGCAACUUGAAUAUGAUAGUCGCCUUGUUAUAAAUCGUCUUGGUGAAUUUUACCUUUGUAUACCUGAGCCACUUAAAAUACGGGCUGAAAACCAAGGUCCUUUAUUUUCAGAAAAUCAAGAAAAGGGAGGUUCGGGAGUCAUUGCUUUAGAUCCAGGUGUACGAACUUUUAUGACCGGUUAUGAUCCAAGUGGAAUGGCUAUUGAAUGGGGAAAAAACGAUAUUUGUCGGAUUUAUCGACUUUGUUAUAUAUAUGACAGACUUCAAAGUAAACGAGAUAUGAAUCAUGGAAAAAGGAACAAAUGUAAAC